AUGUCUAGCGGUGAAACUUUCGCAUUCCAAGCUGAGAUUGCUCAGUUGAUGAGCUUGAUCAUCAACACAUUCUACAGCAACAAAGAAAUUUUCCUCAGAGAAUUAAUCUCUAACGCUUCUGAUGCCUUGGAUAAGAUCAGAUACCAGGCUCUUACUGAGCCUUCUGAGCUCGACUCUGGAAAGGAACUCUACAUCAAGUUGACUCCAAACAAGAAUGACAAGACUCUCACCCUUAUGGAUACCGGUAUCGGUAUGACCAAGGCUGAUCUCGUUAACAACUUGGGUACCAUUGCUAAGUCUGGUACCAAGGCUUUCAUGGAGGCCCUUCAGGCCGGAGCCGAUAUCUCUAUGAUCGGUCAAUUCGGAGUCGGUUUCUACUCUGCCUUCCUUGUCGCCGACAAGGUUGUUGUUACUUCCAAGAACAACGAUGAUGAUUGCCAUCAAUGGGAAUCUAGCGCUGGAGGUUCUUUCGUCAUCAGAACCAUCAACGACCCCGAGAUGACUCGCGGAACCAAGAUCGUUCUCCACAUGAAGGAAGACCAAAUCGAAUACCUUGAGGAGCGCCGCAUCAAGGAGAUCGUCAAGAAGCACUCUCAAUUCAUUGGAUAUCCCAUCAAGCUCCUCGUCGAGAAGGAACGCGACAGAGAAGUAUCUGAUGAUGAAGCUGAAGAAGAGGUUGAAGAGAAGAAGGAAGGUGAGGUCGAGAAUGUUGGUGAAGAUGAGGAUGCUGACAAGAAAGACAAGAAGAAGAAGAAGAUCAAAGAGAAAUACCUCGAAGACGAAGAGCUUAACAAGACCAAGCCAAUCUGGACUCGCAACCCAGACGAUAUUUCCAACGAGGAAUACGCCGAGUUCUACAAGAGCUUGUCCAAUGACUGGGAAGACCACCUUGCCGUCAAGCACUUCUCCGUUGAAGGUCAACUCGAAUUCCGUGCCCUUCUCUUCGUUCCACAACGUGCUCCUUUCGAUCUCUUCGAGAACAAGAAGAGCAAGAACUCCAUCAAGUUGUACGUUAGACGUGUCUUCAUCAUGGAGAACUGUGAAGAACUCAUGCCUGAGUACCUCAACUUCGUCAGAGGAGUCGUCGAUUCUGAAGAUCUCCCACUUAACAUCUCUCGUGAAAUGCUCCAACAAAGCAAGAUCUUGAAGGUCAUCAGAAAGAACCUCGUCAAGAAAUGCAUGGAGCUCUUCGACGAAAUCGCCGAGGACAAGGAUAACUUCAAGAAAUUCUACGAGCAAUUCGGAAAGAACCUCAAGCUCGGUAUCCACGAGGACUCUACUAACCGCAAGAAGCUCUCUGACUUCCUCCGCUACCAAUCUUCUUCUAGCGAAGAAAGCACUUCCCUUAAGGAUUACGUUUCUCGCAUGAAGGAGAACCAAACUCAAAUCUACUACAUCACCGGAGAAAACAAGGACUGUGUUGCCAACUCCGCCUUCGUUGAGCGUGUUCGUUCUCGUGGAUUCGAAGUCCUUUACAUGACUGACCCCAUCGAUGAGUACUGCGUCCAACAGCUCAAGGAGUAUGAAGGAAAGAAGCUCGUCUCUGUUACCAAGGAAGGACUUGAGCUCCCAGAAUCUGAGGAAGACAAGAAGAAGUUCGAGGAAGAUAAGGUCAACUUCGAGACUCUCUGCGCUACUAUCAAGGAUAUCCUUGACAAGAAGGUCGAGAAAGUCGUUGUUUCCAACAGACUCGUUUCUUCCCCAUGCUGUAUCGUUACCUCCGAAUACGGAUGGUCCGCUAACAUGGAGCGUAUCAUGAAGGCUCAAGCUCUUCGUGACUCUUCCACCAUGGGAUACAUGGCCGCCAAGAAGCACCUUGAAAUUAACCCAGAUCACGCUAUCAUGAAGGCUCUCCGCGAGCGCGUUGAAGUAGAUAAGAAUGAUAAGACUGUUAAGGAUCUUGUUGUCCUUCUCUUCGAGACUGCUCUCUUGUCUUCUGGAUUCACCCUUGAUGAGCCUCAAUCUCAUGCCACCAGAAUUUACCGUAUGAUCAAGCUUGGACUUGACAUCGACGAUGGAGAUGAGGAACCAUCCACCAGCAACACUGCUUCUGCUAGCGUACCAGUUGUUCCAGGAGCUGACGAGGAGAUGUCCAGAAUGGAAGAAGUUGACUAA